CUUUACUAUAAUUCUCCCUUUUUUGUGUUGAAAGUUUGUAACUUUUUGAGAAAUUUGGUGUGUUUUUGGUUCUUGAAAUGAUGGUAGCAGAUGCUGUUGUGUAUGCAUGGAGAAAAAUCAAGAGAAUGCCUUUGUGGGUCUUGUUCCAGGACACAAGGAGUAUUUUUAGCAAAGAUGAGUUGAAUUCGGAGAUCGCGAAGAUCGCAAUCCCUGCAACAUUUGGUUUGAUGGCAGACCCUAUUGCUUCUUUGGUUGACACAGCCUUCAUUGGCCAUUUGGGACCAGUGGAGCUUGCUGCUGUUGGGGUUGCUAUAGCUGUUUUCAACCAGGCAUCAAAGAUUGCGAUAUUUCCACUUGUGAGUGUCACAACUUCGUUUGUAGCCGAAGAAGAUAGCGCCACAAGUUCAAGUUCAAUUCUUGAUGAUAUUGAGUUACAACCGAGGUCAAAAUCAGAUAAUGAGAAAAUGUUAUUGCUACCAAAACAUGGACCAGAGAAUACGAACAAGAGAAGACAUGUCUCGUCGGCUUCUUCGGCUUUGUUGAUAGGUGCCAUGCUUGGACUAAUCCAAGCUUUUUUGCUCAUUGUCUCUGCAAAACCAUUGUUAAGUUAUAUGGGUAUUAAAUCUGAUUCUCCAAUGCUAAGCCCAGCCUACAAAUAUCUGACCCUAAGAUCCCUUGGUGCGCCAGCUGUUCUACUGUCAUUGGCUAUGCAAGGAGUUUUUCGAGGGUUUAAGGAUACAAAAACUCCGUUGUAUGCGAUCGUGAUGGGAGGCGUAGUGAAUAUCGUCUUGGACCCGAUAUUGAUAUUUGUAUUCAAGAUGAGGGUUACGGGUGCAGCCAUUGCUCAUGUUUGCUCUCAGUACUUGAUCUCGGUGGUUCUCCUUUGGAAACUAAUAGAACAGGUUGACCUGUUACCACCUAAUAUCAACGAUUUGCAGCUUGGUCGGUUUUUGAAAAAUGGAUUUCUUUUACUAGUUAGAGUGAUUGCCGCCACAUUUUGUGUGACCUUGGCGGCAUCGUUGUCAGCGAGGCUAGGAUCAACCGAAAUGGCCGCCUUCCAAGUAUGCUUGCAGGUUUGGUUAGCAGCCUCUUUGCUCACUGAUGGUUUGGCUGUAGCUGGUCAGGCAAUUCUUGCAGGAGCGUUUGCAAGACAAGAUUAUGAGAGCGCCAAGGAAACUGCCGGGCGUGUACUUCAACUAAGUUUGGCUCUGGGACUCGUUCUCGCAUUUAUCGUUGGUGUCGGACUAACUUUUUCAUCAGGACUGUUCACAAAAGACGUUAAAGUUUUGCAGAUUUUGAGUUUAGGCAUCCCGUUUGUUGCAGCAACUCAACCGAUAAAUUCAUUAGCAUUUGUUUUUGAUGGAAUCAAUUAUGGCGCGUCUGAUUUUCGUUACUCCGCCUUCUCAAUGGUUUUGGUAGCUUUUGCUAGUGUCGCGUGCUUGUUGUUGCUGUCUUCCUAUUAUGGGUUUGUGGGCAUAUGGGUUGCAUUAUCUAUUUUCAUGAGUUUACGAGCGAUUGCCGGUGUUUGGAGGAUCGGAACUGCGAGCGGACCAUGGAGUUUUCUUAACAUAUAUUAGGUUCUUUACAUCAUAUAAAAGAAAUAAAUUGUUUUGAGAUUUAUGCAAAGUUAUGUUUUUGUAUGUAUAUAUAGGAACAAUUGGUUUCAUUCAGGGGCGAAGUAUAGAAGGGGCAGCAGGGGGCGCCUGACCCCCCGAACUUUUCGCUCAGUAGUGUUAUAUAUGUAGCUUUCGUAUAUAAAUUUUUGGGUAUGUACGUUUUCGACC